AGCAUUGGCUGUGCUUUGGUGUGGUCCGCGCCAUGCGCGCCAUGCGCGGCCUCCGCCGCGGCCUCCGCCGCGGCGCCGCGGGGUUCGUUGGAUGGCGGGGCAUCACGGUGGAGGCGAUGCGCCUCAACGCGCCCCUCAAGGAGAUGGACGCGGAGAUCCACAGAAUCAUUGAGAAGGAGAAAGACCGACAGCGGCGCUGCGUCAACCUCAUCGCCUCGGAGAACUUCGCCCCCGCGCCGGUGCUGGAGGCAGUGGGCUCCGUCAUGGUUAACAAGUACUCCGAAGGCUACCCUGGCGCAAGAUACUACGGCGGCAACGAAUUCAUCGACCAGGCGGAGCGCUUGUGCAUGCAGCGAGCGCUGGAGGCAUGCAGGUUGGAUCCCAAAGAGUGGGGUGUGAAUGUGCAGUCCUUGAGCGGCUCCCCGGCCAACUUCCAAGUCUUCUCCGCGCUCUGCGACGUGCACGACCGCAUCAUGGGCUUGGAUCUGCCCCACGGGGGCCACCUCUCCCAUGGCUACCAGACGGAUUCCAAGAAGAUCUCGAUGGUCUCAAAGUAUUUCGAGUCCAUUCCUUAUCGCCUCAAUGAAGAGACGGGGGUGAUCGACUACGACGAGUGCGAGAAGUUCGCCUUGCGGGUCCGCCCCAAGAUCUUAAUUGCUGGCACUAGUGCGUACUCGAGGCUCAUCGACUACAGCCGCAUGCGCCAGAUCGCGGACCAGUGUGGCGCUUACCUUCUGGCUGACAUGGCCCACAUCUCCGGGCUUGUGGUGGGAGGUGUUAUCCCCUCGCCCUUCGAGUACGCGGACAUCGUCACCACCACCACCCACAAGAGUUUGCGGGGGCCCAGGGGUGCCAUGAUCUUUUUCCGGAAGGGCCAGCGCGGCGUUGACAAGAAGGGCAACCCAAUACUGUACGACCUGGAGGAGCGGAUCAACGCGGCGGUGUUCCCCGGGCUGCAGGGGGGGCCGCACAACCAGAGCAUCACGGCCCUGGCGGUGGCGCUGAAGCAGGCAAUGGCGCCAGAGUUCAAGACUUACACCGAGCAGGUGAUGAAGAACGCGAAGGCCCUCGGGGAGUCCUUGCAGCGAUGUAAGUUUGACCUGGUCUCCGGGGGCACUGACAACCAUUUGCUGCUGCUGGACCUUCGAUCCAAGGGAGUGAAUGGCUCCAAGGCAGAAGCUGUUUGUGAACUUGCCUCCAUCGUGCUGAACAAGAACACCAUCCCCGGCGACAAGAGCGCGAUGACGCCCAAUGGCCUGCGGGUGGGCACUCCGGCGAUGACUUCCAGGGGCCUCGUCGAGGCGGACUUCGCACAAAUCGGGGAGUUCAUAGGGGCAGCCGUGGACAUCGCGGCAGAGGUGCAGAAGCAGAGCGGGCCCAAACUCGUGGAGUUCAGGAAGCUCCUCACGGAGAGCCCCCCCGGGAGGCUCUUGGAGCUCAAGAGCGAGGUGGAAGCCUUCGCAGGCGCCUUUCCCACGGUGGGCUGAGCGGCGCUUCACCCGCGGAAGUAGCGGCGUAGCAGUGGGAAGUCUGACCUUCGCAAAAACUGAAACCCACUUGCCGGCCUGGACCUCCAGGCGAA